UAAUAAGGUUGGCGAAGGUUUAAAGGUUAAAGUUGACAGGACAAGAACUGCCACGUGUAUCCCAAACGAACCUGUAUUCUUCAAUCUUGGCUCAUUAACGUUGCUAAUCAUGAACGAAAGGAACUUUAACCACCCCACUCAGGUUCUUCGUGAACUUAACGCCAUGAGGGAUCGGGCAGAGUUGACUGACGUGGUUCUGGAGGUGGAAGGGAGAAGUUUCCCCUGCCAUCGUGCCGUCCUGGCAUCGUGCAGUCCCUACUUCCGUGGCAUGUUCUCCAGCGGCUAUGUGGAGGCCAAACAGGAAAGGAUCACUAUCAAGGAAGUGAGCAAGGUAGCCAUGGCAACCAUUCUGGACUACGCCUACACCGGCUGCCUUCAAACAGAGCCAGACCAGGUCCAGGCUGUGAUGUCUGCUGCCAGACUGCUACAGGUGGAGUUUGUAGGUCGUAACGCCGCACUAUACAUGAAGUUCCAUCUGGACAUGUCCAACUGUGCAGAUGUGUUGAUGUAUGCCGACAUGCUGGGGGACAGUGACUUAGUGAAGGCCAGUGAGGACUUCAUUGCAUCCAGCUUCCAUCAGGUGGUGCUACAACCAUCCUUUCUCCAGUUAUCACUCCCCCUUCUCCAGUCACUACUCGACAGGGAAGACUUGAUGACCAGCUCAGAGGACAACAUUGUGCAAGCCGCUCUAAGAUGGGUUGGUUUCAACCAAGAAGAGCGCUUGCAGCACCUUCCUGCUCUUUGUAGAUGCUUCCGCCAUUCUGCCAUCAGCUCAGAACUACUUGCAGAGCUCGAGAGUAAGUGCCCAUCAACAGACGACAAGUUGAUUUACAGCAAAAGCACAACCCAGCGGCUGGGACAGGUGCAAACUGAAAUGCAGAUUUUCUUCAGAGAAGGGUUCUCUAAAUAUCAGUCCCAGCAGGUUGCUCCUUGCUAUGACCCAUCCGAAGGUGGGUUGUAUGAACUCCAUAUGCCUGACAACCUGGCCAACUUCUCUGUGACAGCCACUCCCAAUGAUGAGCUGUACCUGGCAGGGGGCAUCAACAGCCUAUCAGACAGAAGGCAGAAGGCACUUUACCAGUACAACCACCUGUUAAACACCUGGGAACCAAAGUGUGAUAUGGGAUCACCUAGAGUGAGGUGUGGUCUGGUGUAUCUGAAGGGCUACAUCUAUGCCAUUGGUGGUGAUGACACCAAGAAAACAGCGGAGAGGUAUGACCCAAGUUGUGAUGAGUGGACCCCCAUACCAGCCAUGCCUCAGUCCAUGUCCUCAGAACUCUGUGCAGUGACUCUUGAUGACAGCGUCUAUGUCAUAAGUAAGGAAGGCUGCUACUGCUUCAGUACCACAGAGAACAGGUGGAGCAAGAUGGCGGACAUGCACAAACCACAAACGUGUCCUCAGGCCGUCACGUAUCAAGGCAGAAUCUACAGUGUAGACUGCAACAAAGAAAAAGACUGGACUUGGGUAGAGAUGUACAACCCUGCAAACUGUGUUUGGGAGCGGUCCGGUCACCGUACCUUCAACAAAGUAAACCUGCUGAAGCAUGAAGAGACUAUUUACCUCCUCUCUGUAAUCAAAAACAAUGACUUCUGGGGCCAAAAUGGUGAGAGUGCAUUCAAGAUUUGCAUUUACCAGUACCAGCCAGAGUCUGGCUUUUGGGUGGGUCUAAAAGACAAGGGCAGGCUGGUUCCUCCUAUAGCAGACUGGAUGGGCUCUAGAAGAGGAACAGUGAUAGCUUGCCUGUCAGCAAGGAUGGUCCCAUUGUUUCUGGGGGAGCAGAUUCACGACCAGGAGCUUUUAUCUGACGAUGAAGAUACAUCUGGAAGUGGAAUCUCAGACCAAGAGGACAGCGAUGAGGAUAGCAGUGCCAGGGAGAGUGGAAGUGACUAUUAUGACAUCUGAGACACUGGGAUACCAUCAAAGAUAAAACUGCUUGAAUCACCAAUGACAAGGUCAUAAAACAGAGCAGAAGUGAAGACACAUCAACAUGCCAUGCUCUGAUCACAUUCCCAAAGUUACAUGUACCAAAAUACUAGGUAGAUGGGAAAUGUGUUGACACAGAGGAUAGACAUUUUGAUUGACGUACAUUGAAAACUUGAAAAAUCUGAUCUAACCGAUGCCUUGUAUUUUAGAUUGUACAUGACCAAAACCAUUAGCCGCUUUAGCUUGUGCUGUAGGCAUCAGGUAUACAUGAAGCUGCAUUAACAUGCACAUGAUGCCAACUUUGAUGAUGCUAUAUAACAUUUACUUAACAGUUUGCAAAAAUGUUGUUUUUACUAAUUUGUUAAUUAACAAAAGGUUACCAAGUAUUGUUAGGAAAAAGGUUACCAUGUAUUUUUAGGAAUAUUAACAUUGGAAACAGACAUCUCAUUUAGAUAGGACAGCAAUGGAUUUGUGAAAACAGCAGUUUUGAUGAUUUAUAUCAUGUAAGUAUGUGCUUAUCUGUCUUAAGUAUGGCUUAUCUUAUGACCUAGAUCAUUUGAACUGUGAAGAAGGCAGUGAAAUGUGUUGAUUAUUGGGCUUUGUAGUAAUACCCAUUGUCUUUUAGGCUUGUAGUACAUAGAGAGGAUUUGCAAUCUGUUCAAAAGUUUAGUAUGUAACGUUAGUUAACACAUUUAUUUGUACUUGAGUUCAUGUACUGCACAGUUAUUUCCACACAAAGACAUUAAAGGCUUAUAAUGCCAAAUGCACUAUUUUAUUUUAA